CAACAGAGAAUAUUUGGCAGUUUCUAAGAGGCUGCUCAACGUUUUAGAUCUGCCGGCUAACAAGUUCCGAUUACUGAGGAACUAGUGUACUCAUCGCCAUGAGCAGAAACACAAUAUUUUUUCUGCUGGUGAUAUUUGCCAUUUUAAUGACAAAUUUCAAUACUGGCGCCCAAGCGAAACGUAGUAAAACCAAAUCAAAAGAUGGAAUUUUUUCCUUCCACAACAAGAAUCGCAGCAGUUCUUCGUCUUCCUCUCAUCAUGGCAGUUCUUCGUCUUCCUCGCAUCACAGCAGUUCUUCGUCUUCUCCUCAUCACGGAAGUUCUUCGACUUCCUCUCAUCACGGCAGUUCUUCGUCUUCGUCAUCCUCGUCAAAACAUGAAAGUUACAAAUCGCCCACUACAACGCAUCAUGACAAGUCCUCGCACGAUGCUAAAGAUAAAACUUCAACUAAAGAAUCCUCCUCGGAUCUCCAUCAUCACACCACCCAUAAGCCACUGCUGCAUUCGAAAGAUACCAAGAAUCAUACAUCAUCUUGGGUUGGUUCUUCUUCUAUAAUUUCAAAACACAACGAUAACCACAAAUUAUCGGAGCACAAUAAAUCCCACAAGGAUGUGAACCAUAAUGGAAUUUUGUCGAAUAAACCCCACCAUGGCUAUAAACCUUCAGCCCCACCUUUGCCUAGUGAUCUUAGUUCAAUAACUAAGACGAAGAGUCAUGUUUUAGAUGCAUCCCCUCAAAAACAUAAGAACUCGACAAUGGGCUGGCAAGUUGCUGUGGCCCAUGGGAAUACGGACAAAUCAAUGCCACUCAAACAUGAAUCCUCUGGAAAUGUCAAGCAUAAUUCCACUAUAGACCAGUUUUUGAAACACGAACAGACAUAUCUUCACCAAAAUCCGGGUCACAACAAAAUCCCUCACGAGAGCAAAUCAAAUCGCACAUCUCACAUGUUGUGGAGUACACCAACACAUGCACAAGCAAAAGAACAUCAUUCUUAUGAACCUUCAGCCCCUCCAAUGGAACCAUCAAAGUCCCAUCCACCAUAUCCCAGUGGUGAUCAUGCAGCAUCACAUUACCAGCAAUCUGGAUCAACACAUGGGUACUAUCCUCAACAAGCACCAGCAUCUCAUCCCUUGGGGAGUGAUGCGCAAUAUCAUCAAUCAGCGACGUUAUUUGGAAACCAUCCACAAUAUAUUCCCAGCUCCAUGCCUGGUAUACCCUAUAAUCAUCCACAUCAAAAUUUUCCAGUCCCAAUUCCAAUCGUGGUGCAUCAACAGCCAAGGGAAUCUUCAUUCUCUGAAGAAUUUGCCAAAGAAUUCGCAUAUGCGUUACGGAGACAACGGAACAGACAAAGGCAACAUGGAACAACUACCGAAAAUCCGGCCGUUGUUAAGGUGGUCAAUGCAAAUCAACAGGGAAAUGUGCAGCAACCAUUGCCGAAUGUUAAUCCGAACAUUCAAAUAUAUCCCAAUGGCCAAGUUAUUUGCCAGAAAAUAAAAGUCAAUGCUACCGAUCCGAAAAAUCCCAUGAAUAUUGUUGAGAUGGAUAAGGAACAGUGUUAUCCAGUUUAUGCGGAAAAUAAUCCACCACAAUAUCCACAAAAUUAUCCGAAUGGACAAAUCGCUUGCCACAAAAUAAGGGUAAAUGAGACGGACCCUAAAAACAGAUCUACGGUGAUUGAAGUGGAAAAGGAGGAAUGUUAUCCAGUUUAUCCGGAAAAUUAUCCACCACAAUAUCCCCAAAAUUAUCCGAAUGAACAAAUCGCUUGCCACAAAAUAAGGGUAAAUGAGACGGACCCUAAAAACAGCUCUAAAGUGAUUGAAGUGGAAAGGGAACAAUGUUAUCCAGUUUAUCCGGAAAAUUAUCCACCACAAUAUCCCCAAAAUUAUCCGAAUGGACAAAUCGCUUGCCACAAAAUAAGGGUAAAUGAGACGGACCCUAAAAACAGCUCUAAGGCGAUUGAAGUGGAAAAGGAGGAAUGUUAUCCAGUUUAUCCCCAAAAUUAUCCCAGUGCCCAAAUCACCUGUCAUAAAAUAAAGGUGAAUGAGACGGACCCGGACAAUAGCUCCAAAACAAUUGAAGUGGAAAGGGAACAGUGUUAUCCAUUUUAUCCCCCACAAUAUCCUCAAACUUAUCCAAAUGGACAAAUUGUCUGCAACAAAAUAAAAGUCAAUGAAACCGAUCCGAACAACAGCACCCGGACCAUUGAAGUUGAAAAAGAGCAAUGUUAUCCAGCUUAUCCACCAAAUGAUGUCUCUCAGGGCUCGCAAUCUGCAGGGAAUCCAGGUCAAGUAAUUUGUUACAAAACGAAAGUCUUUGAAGUGGAUCCAAAUAACAGCACCAAUAUCGUGGAAGUCAUAAAGGAUGUUUGCAGGAAUCCAUUGAAUUUUGAAAUGAAUGCCGCCCUGGUUCAGCCAGAAACCUAUAAUCCUCCACCUCCUUCUCUAAAUCAAUAUCCAAAUCCAAAUUACCUCUCAAAUCACCAAAUACCAAACAAUAAAUCCACUGAUGGAGGUUUGAAUUCCUCGUUUAAUACUCAAGGAGCCAUAGAUCCUGUUGGCGGUUCAGGAUCGUGUGCACAAUUCAAUAUUAAAUUAUUCGCAUCUCUUAGUUUUAUAAUGUUGUUGUAUUUCACAUAACACACCAAUUUUGUAUUAACAUGUUUCGAUUAAAAUGUAUUUUGAGAUGUU